AUGUCACAUUCAUCUAAACCAGUCAAUAUAGCCUCUCCAACUAGCUUUGGCCAUGGAAGAUACGCGACCAGGGGUUACUUGCUCCUCAUCAUCUCUCUUACACUCAAUGUAUUGCUCAUAGUGGCUAUCAUCCGACCGGCCAUCGAUAUCAAUGGAAUCCUUAAGCAGGAUACUUUCUUUGGAAAUAGUGGACACAGUAGCACCGGACCCAAUAUGCCUUUGGUCGAAAAUGCAAGUUCAGGACGAUGCCCUUCAUCGACUUACCAACAGGCCUCCCCACCUGCCACUGUCAAUCUCUGGGCAUCGUUGACAAUUCCAGAACUCGCGGAAAUCGACGCAUGGGUUAGAGCCCCGGAGCGACGCCUGAACUUGACGCAAAAUAAGAAUUCGGCCCUUUCUGAUAAUGUCAUUUAUUUGAUUGAAGCCUACUAUCCGCCAAAGAAAGAAGCGCUUGCUUUUCUUAACGAUCCUCACCAGGUUCCACGGCCAGACAGAUACGCAAGAGUUACAAUACAACACGGAGGACUGAAAAUACCUGAAAUCAAGGACUACCUGGUCGGUCCGCUUCCUAUCGGCUCAGCCACGAAAAUUCGUCGACUUACGGAAAUAUACCACCGUGAAGACAUACCGUUUAAUGCUUAUGCACUGACUAACUGGACUAGCAUUCCAUCAUUUAUGGCACGCGCAGUGAAACCUCUUAUCCCCGCAAUGGAAGAUUUGUUUGGGGGGACUAUUAGGGGAUUUGACAAUGACACCCUCAUAGCUGGAAUGAGUGGCCCAUUUAGUUUCGACGGUAGCUUUAGGCGUCUAUGGACAACCUGGAGAAGAAAUACAGCAGGAUCAUACCUUUUACCCGUCAAUUUUUACAAUUACAUCGACAUAUCAGGGACAGACCCCUCACAGUGGAAGAUUCUCAAGCUUAUGUAUCAUGAUCAAAUAUUUCCGACUGUUGAGUCUUUCCUAGAAGCAUAUAACAACGGCACUUUGGUUCGUCAUCCGGAACAGAAAGCGCCUGACUUGGAUUUUUCCUGGACCCAGAGAAAGAGGGUGGGACAAGACCGCGAUCUUGACGAACUUCCUGGACCUCGUUCGGUAUCAUUUUCAGGACUGCGUUACAGGAUUGAUCGUGAACAGCAAUAUGUCAGUUGGCUGGGAUGGGGAAUGUACUUAGGAUUCGACCGUGAUAUGGGGUUAAAUCUAUGGGACAUUCGAUUCCGCGGUCAAAGAAUCAUCUACCAGCUACAACCUCAAGAAGCAAUUGCACAAUAUGGUGGAAAUGAUCCAUUGCAAACAUCAACUGCCUGGCUUGAUCGUCACUUUGGCAUGGGGACCAUGGUACGGGAUAUGAUACCGCAUUACGACUGCCCACAAGAAUCGGUAUACCUCCCAGCCAUAACAUUCACUCCACAAGGGAACGUGCAAGUCCAGCGAGCUAUUUGCAUUUUCGAACAAGAUACUGGGAGACCGCUGUCUAGACAUACCGGUUUCUUGGAAGGAGAAUUUGGUGCCGUCAAGUCGUAUGUUCUCACCAUCCGGACAGUUACUACUGUUGGAAAGUAUUUUGACUAUUCCUUCUAUCUUGAUGGUACCAUUGAAGUUCGCUUAUCAGCAUCAGGAUAUAUGCAAGGGGGUUACUAUACUUCAAAAAUCCAAGAAGGAUAUGGAGGUAGAAUCCGCCAUACAUCAAUGGGAAACCUACACGACCAUGUCAUCAAUUAUAAAGUCGAUUUUGACAUCGCCGGGACAGAGAACUCUUUGCUCAAGACUACAACGAAGCAAGAAGAAGUUACACAUCCCUGGUUGGACGAUGACUGGGGCAAACAGGCGAUACAGCAAAGAAUCAACAAAGAAUAUAUUGCAAAUGAAGACGACGCACUGUUAAAAUAUCCAACGAACUUCCAGGGAGGGUACGCUAUAGUGAAUCAGGACGUCCGAAACACCUGGGGUCUUCCCAAAGGAUAUGCAAUACACCCAGGCUACUCGCCAAUUCACAACACUGUCGUCGGCUCCAAACGUCUUCUUAACAAUGCCAAUUGGGCACGGUAUAACCUCGCAGUGUCGCUGCGGAAGGAGACAGAGCCGAGCUCUAGCAGCAUGUGGAACCUUCACCUUCCCGGUGCUCCAAUGGUCGAUUUCCACAAAUUCUUUAAUGGGGAAAAUAUCACACAGCAGGACCUGGUGGCUUGGAUUAACCUGGGGAUGCAUCAUCUCCCACAAGCUGAAGAUUCGCCGAACACGAAAACCAACCUGGCAACUUCGAGCUUUUUGUUGACACCUUUGAACUACUUUGAUGCCGAUGUAUCAAUGGAAAUGAAGAACGCAAUCCUGCUGCAUCCACCCAAAGCGCCUGGGGGGUCUUACACUUUCGAUGAUUAUGGGGUAAAGCAGGAUGUCACUUGCUUGCCUGAUGCUCCGGCCCCUUUUGAAUACACUCCCACUAAGUGGCUUGGACUUUCAGGCGAGCCAGAUGUCAUAAGUCCAGAGGAUGCCAGGCGGGUCUCUGAAAUGUAUUUGCGAGUCAGAAUAGGAGCAUAA